AUGACGCAACUACAGAGACCACGGUUCCGGAAGGUCCAGAGCUUCCGUACCAAUUAUGCCCCGGCUACCAUUACCCAAUAUGUCUCGGAGAGGAGUGGCAUGCAAGUCAUCGUGGCUGACCGCAAAGGGCCCAAGAUCAGCGGCUACUUCACCCUCGCGACUGAAAUCUUCGAUGAUUCUGGUGCUCCUCACACAUUAGAGCACCUUGUCUUCAUGGGGUCUAAGAGGUAUCAAUACCGAGGCCUGUUGGAAAAGCUGGCCAAUCGUGCAUACUCGUAUACCAAUGCCUGGACCGCUGUCGACCAUACCGCCUACACUCUCGAAACGGCUGGCUGGGAUGGCUUUGCCCAAAUCCUGCCAGUUUACCUGGAGCAUAUCAUUGUGCCCCAUAUCACCGAUGAUUCCUGCAUCACAGAGGUGCAUCACAUCGACGGCGAGGGCAACGAUGCUGGUGUCGUCUAUUCCGAGAUGCAAGCUCUCCAGUACCGUAGCAUUGAGUUAAUGGAUUUGAAGGCCCGUCGCCUGCUCUACCCUGAGAAUGUCGGCUUCCGGUACGAGACUGGAGGCAUGAUGGAGGCAUUGCGCGUCCUUACCCCUGAAAGGAUCAGGGAAUUUCAUAAGUCCAUGUAUCACCCGCAGAAUAUGGCCAUCAUUGUCAUCGGCGAGGCCAAUCAUGAUGACCUCCUGCGUAUCUUGGAUGAAUUUGAGGAGCGAAUUGCUGAGGAUAUUCCUCCGCCAGAUCCACAAUUCAAGAGGCCGUUUGUUGACUCGCCGCAGCCCCCACCUUUGGAAAAAACAUUCGUUGAGACGGUCGAGUUCCCAGAGGAGGAUGAGUCGACUGGCGAGAUCGCCGUUGCCUUCUUUGGACCCAGCUGCACGGAUCAAGUUCAGGCCACGGCCAUGAACAUUGUCAUGACUUACCUCUGUGGGUCAUCUGUCUCAGUGCUCGAGAAUAUUUUGGUAGAAAAGGAGCAGUUGGCAAGCUCCGUGACUUAUUUGCUUGAGAGCAGGCCGAACAUCCUUGUCUGGUUUCAGCCGACCGGGGUUUCCACCGAGAAGCUUGAGUUUGUCUACAAGCGGCUUAUCGAGCUGCUGAAGGAAGUCGCAUCGAAGCCUCUUGACAUGGAUUACAUGAAGGAAUGCAUUCAGCGAGAGAAGCGUCAGGUCAAACUUCAUGCUGAAGGCUCCGAGCAGUUCUAUGCCAAUAACAUCAUCACAGACUAUCUUUUUGGCGACAGGGACGGGAGGACCCUGAAAGAUUUGGAGACUUUGGUUGAGUACGAUGUUCUUGAGAGCUGGACUGACGGGCAGUGGAGGGAGUUCCUCAGAAAGUGGCUAUCAGAUGCCCAUCACGUCUCUAUUCUUGGCAAGCCCUCAAAGAAAUUUGCCGAUGAACUCAAAGCGAGAGAGGCAGAACGUUUGGCUAAGAGGAAGGAAGAACUGGGCAAGGAGGGCCUUGAGCGCUUAAGGCAAAGGCUUGAGACAGCAAAGAAGAACAACGAGGAGCCGAUUCCGCCUGAAGUUCUGGAUCAAUGGCCUGUCCCCGGCACCUCUUCGAUCCAUUUCAUCGAGUCUGAGACCGCCAGAGCCGGCAAGGCCCGUACACUGGGCGUCUUCGACAACGCUCCUCAGAAGAUUAUUGAUUCGGCAGCGCAAAGCCGGCCGUUGUUUGUCCAGUUCGAGAGUGUUCCGAGCAACUUCGUUCACCUCACAGUGCAUGUGGGCAUGUCUAAGACGCCAGCCAAGUACAAGCCACUUCUCCCUCUGUUCAACGACAUCUUCUUCAACUCCCCUGUCAUGCGCGAUGGGAAGCGUAUUGAGUUCGAGGAGGUGGUGAAGCAGCUCGAGAAGGACUCCAUCAGCUACGAGAUCAGCUCGGCUGCUCGCUUGGGCGACUCUGAGGGUGUUUCCAUCCAGUUCCAGCUUGAAUGGGAAAAGUACUCCAUUAUCAUCAGUUGGCUGCGCACGCUGAUGUUUGACAUCAUUUUUGAUCCAGUUCGCCUCAAGGCUGCUAUUGUUAAGGCACUUGCCGACAUCCCUGAGGAGAAGCGAGAUGGACGGGCAAUGGCACAGGAAGUCUCUGUGGCUAUCCACAUGAAGCCUGAAUCGUAUCUCACAGCCAAGAGAACCUUGGUCAAAGCGGUAUAUCUUCGCCGUCUCAAGAAGCUCCUUGAGAAGGAGCCCGAGACUGUUGUCUCGUGGUUCAACGAGCUUCGUCAGAGUCUGUUCCAGUUUGAAAACAUCCGUGUCCUCGUCACCGCCGACGUUGCCAAGCUCGACAACCCUGUCGCCCCAUGGGACGUGCUCUUCCAGGAGCCUGGGCUCGACCACACCAAGGAUCUCCAGCCCAUCACCAAACUCCAUCAACUCCUCAGUCCCGAGGGCGAGUCCCCCGGCUCCUACGGCAGCGUCAUCAUCCCAAUGACAACCCUCGACAGCUCAUACAGUGUCAGCUUCGCCCGCGGUCUCAAGUCCCACUCCGACCCCCGCCUGCCUGCGUACCUCGUUGCCCUUGGCUACCUGGAAGCCGUUGGCGGUCCUUUAUGGAACGCAGUCCGCGGCACGGGUCUCGCCUACGGCGUUGGUUUCUCGCGCGAGGUAGACGGCGGCUACAUCCAGUUCCGCGUGUACCGAUCUCCUGACGCGAGCAAGGCGAUCGAGGCGAGCCGCAAGAUUGUGGCUAAGAUUGCGUCUGGCGAGACGCCCCUGGACAGGCACCUGGUUGAAGGCGCUGUUAGCGGUGUCGUGUUGGGUGUGGCGGACGAGCAGGCAACUAUGGCGGCGGCCGCGCAGUACAACUAUAUCUCGACGGUUGUUAGGGGACUGGAGCCCGGGUGGAAUAAGAAGAUUUUGGCGAAAGUUAGGGAGGUUACGGAUGAUGAAAUUAGAGAGGUCAUGAGGGAGAUUAUCAUGCCGGUGUUUGAGCCGGGCAAGAGCAAUGUUAUUGUGACGUGUGCGCCGAUUAUGGAGGAGAACAUUGUCAAAGCGCUUUCUGCUGUUGGGUACAAGACACAAGUGCAUCAGCUGUCGGAUUUCUAUGAUGACUAUGGUCUCAAGGCAGACGAGGAUGGCGAGGAGGAUUCGGAAGAGGAAGAGGAUGAGGAGAUGGAGGAUGGAUCCUCCUAUACCUCUGGGUCUGAUGAAGACUCGGACUGA